AUGCGGGGCCAGGGUCGCAAGGAGAGUUUGUCCGAUUCCCGAGACCUGGACGGAUCUUAUGACCAGCUCACUGGCCACCCUCCAGGGCCUACUAAAAAAGCGCUGAAGCAGCGGUUCCUCCAGCUGCUGCCAUGCUGCGGGCCCCAAGCCCUGCCCUCAGUCAGUGAAAUUGGCCGGGUCUUCAGCUUUCUCGGUGACAGUUCGCUCCCUUCAGCAUUAGCUGCCCCAGCCUCCCUACGCCCCCACAGACCCCGCCCGCUGGACCCAGACAGCGUGGAGGAUGAGUUUGAGCUGUCAACCGUGUGUCACCGGCCCGAGGGUCUGGAGCAGCUUCAAGAGCAAACCAAGUUCACUCGCAAAGAAUUGCAGGUCCUGUACCGAGGCUUCAAGAACGAAUGUCCCAGUGGAAUUGUCAAUGAGGAGAACUUCAAGCAGAUUUACUCCCAGUUCUUCCCUCAAGGAGACUCUAGCACAUAUGCCACUUUUCUCUUCAAUGCCUUUGACACCAACCAUGAUGGCUCAGUCAAUUUUGAGGACUUUGUGGCUGGUUUGUCAGUGAUUCUUCGGGGAACCAUAGAUGACAGGCUGAACUGGGCCUUCAACCUGUAUGACCUCAACAAGGACGGCUGCAUCACCAAGGAGGAAAUGCUUGAUAUCAUGAAGUCUAUCUAUGACAUGAUGGGCAAGUAUACGUAUCCUGCACUCCGAGAGGAGGCCCCAAGGGAACAUGUGGAGAGCUUCUUCCAGAAGAUGGACAGGAAUAAGGAUGGCGUGGUGACCAUUGAGGAAUUCAUUGAAUCUUGUCAAAAGGAUGAGAACAUCAUGAGGUCCAUGCAGCUCUUUGACAAUGUCAUCUAGCUCACCAGGAGAGGGGGUCAGUUGUCCUGUGGGGGGACCAUGCUCUAGCCCUAGUCCAGUUGGACCUCAUCUUUCUCUUCCUAGCUCUCUCCUCACCCUAGCCCUGCCCCAGGGCCUGUAGGAAUCCAAGAGCCUGGGGAUUCAGUAGUUCAGAUCAUUGGAGCUGAAGGAGCCAGG